GCUAGGAUGGUCUAGAUCUCCUGACCUCGUGAUCUUCCCGCCUCGGCCUCCCAAAAUGCUAAAAUUCAGUUUACCUGCUCACCUUGUAACUUCAGUUCUAACAAGCUCAAAAUAAAUUACGACUUUGUAGCCUACCUAGUUUACUCCCCUUGUUAGAGCAGAAGCAACAUUCUCUUUUGGUUUUCUACCUUCUAAAAGGAAGCAGAAUUCUCGAGAUGCUUUUCAAAAUGCAUGCAUAAAUGCAUGCUGUAUCAUAUUCUUCCACAUGCAUGGUUUAUAAAUGUCUCAAUUAAAGAAAUAGAUUCACGUAUAGGUGAUUUUUCAUGCAACCUCUCUGGCCUUGUAAUGAAGAAUACAAUAGAUCUUAAUAAUCUGACAAUUAUUAAGUGUGUCUCAUUGUUUAAAAGAGAGGUGGGGGAGGAAAAAGAAAAGUCUUGCUUGAAAUAUGGAAAUAAGAGUAUAUGUUUAGCUCUGAGUAUGUUCUGGUGAGAAUUACAAUGAUGCCAAACUCUACGCAUAUAUUAAAGCCAUAGCAAAAGAAAAAAAAAGAAAGAAAGAAAAGAAAAAUGAAAGAGUUUUUAUAUGGGCUUCUACUUGAUUUUAUUUUUUCCUAAUACAAAAAACAGUUUUCGUUAAGACUUUCAAGGAACCAAGGUUUCCCAUCACAUCAAGAAUAUAAUCUUUCACAGCAUUAUAAGAGGUCUGACUCAGCUUGUUCUUCCCAAGAAUCAGAAUCAGAGUGAUCAGAAAGGCAGAAAGUUGCUACUAUGUACAAAAGCAUCAUGCCCAGCAGGCUGUUUACCAUAAAGUGAAUCGAAUCUGAUAUAAAAGUUGAAAAACAGUACACGAUAAAAAGAAAGUAAGAAAGAUUACAGACUCCAAAAUCAUUUAUAUCCCAAUGGAAUGUUAAUAAACCAAGGACUCCAUCAGAAUCAUAAUAUUCACAUAAUUAAUUCUACAUUUUGUCCAGACGAAAAAUGGCUGAGAAAAAAUUAGCUAUCUUGAAUUGCCCCCACCUCCAAAAAUUAUCAGGCAGAUAGCAAACCAGAGGGUUGAGUAUUGAUCAGUGUCCAAAAGGAAAUUGUACUUUUUUUCUAGUUUGGUAUUAGCACAAGUUAAUGGUGUGGUGUGAACGUAAGUACAAAAACAUUAAGCAGUAUUAAACAUAGCUGAUAAAUUCUGGAGAUGGCUAAACUUAUGAAAAGUCAGUUAAAGGAAUCUUACAAUGCCUAAGGCAGUCAAUGCAGUUAAUCUGUACAAUCAAGCCAUUUCCAAAUAUUCUAAUCAUGAAUUCUCCUAAUAUCACCCUCAGCAAAAUAUUCUUCCUUAUAACUAGAAUACACAGAGAAAAAUAUUAAUCUCUCAUGUUGUAACUGUUUGUCUGCUUCAGUAUAACACAUCUGAUGCUUGAUUGUACAGUCUUGAUCCAGAAAUUGCCCAGUGUUGCUAGGGAACCUAAUCAUUGGUGUCAUUGAUACAAUUUGUUCUCCUUUCAGCGUUGUACUGAAUCUGUGUAAAAGUUUCCUUUAAAUUUCAGUGUGUGAUGAUGAUUGAAAGGUAACUCAUUUUGUUAGCAUGCAAAUGUGGGACAGACUCUUUCACUGAUUUGCAAUUUUUCUCUUGCCUUUAGGCUUGGAUCCUAUGAAUCCGAUCCUUGCAUUCUGAAUGCAUUUCUUAUAUAAGAGAGAACUUACCUUGGCAGAUUCUCAAAAAGGGAAUUGAGAAUUUGACAAUAUGGUACUUUGCAGACCCACUGAAGCCUACCUUAAAACUUUGCCAAAAGAUCACCAAGCUAAACAAGAAAUUAUAAAGUAUCAAAACUGGAAUAUAACAUCAAAAAUAGGGAAAUGAUAAAAGAUUAGGAAAGGAAGGCCAAUUAAGAGUCAAUGAAAUACCACCCAGAGAAAUGGCUUAAGAUGUGUUAUUGUCGACAGACUGUUCAUACGUGCCUACUAGCAAGAAAUGUGGAUUAGGCAUUCAAAUCUAAAACAUCAAGGGGCAGAUAAAAACUAUGAUCAUCUACAUUAUUGGUCCUAUCCCACUCUCAGGAGGAAAGAAGGAAAUCUUUCUUCCGCUCUAGAGCAUUAAGGAGUAGGAUUUGGAGCUUUGUGACUGUUCUUUGCCUAUUCCCUUCCCACUGGAAUAGGACCUCAAUCUGGCCAUGUUAUCAGUGGGUGGCUGCUAUUUUCCCCACGGUCUCAGGGUGGAAGACAAAGUUUUCAUGGAGUUACCCAGAGCUGGAGCAAGUAGGGCAUAAAGGGUGGCACAAAAGAGGAACAGAAGAGAGAGAGAGUCCACAUAGCUUUACAUAUUUGGAAAUGAAAAAUCCAGGAACGUAAUGACUCCUGUGACCCUGAAUGGCUCUAUGUAUUAGUCUUUCAGUUUUCAAAGGGAGUAAAUUAUAUUUGUGAACUGAAAUUACAUAACUUCUCCCAGUUCUUGGAAUGGAUCAUUUAUUUUACAUUGCUCUUCAGUCUGUAUACCAGUAUUUUAGAAGUUGUCAUGAGUAAUUCCUGUAAGUACUAUCUCCGGGUAGUGGUAUUGGUACAGCAAAGUAGCAUAAGAAGAAAUACAGGCUGGGAAAACAAAAUUAAUUUUUAUAAAUUUCUCAAUGGCAUGGUUAUUUCUACCAGUCAUAUCAUCAGUAGACUAUAUAGAAACAGAGGUACUCUAGGGUACUGAACUUGUGCUUUGAAUAGCUGCUAGACAUGCAGUGCAUGGUGUAUCUGAACAAUGCUUUUCAGAACAAGACUGUAAUCUUAAGGUCAUGAUCAGAAAUCACACAUUUGAAUAAUCCAUGAAUGAAGACGUGUUAAGAUUAAAACAUACAGGGCUGUCUAGUUAAAAUGGGAGAUAAGUGAAGGUAAUGAAAUGUGUAUCAUUUAAAUAGCAAAAGUAUUGUGGCUAUUAGAGAUUCACUGUGCAGUUACUCUAACGGUAUUAAGAGUUUGGAAGUACAGAGUAGUAUUCCAGCCCUUACAGCCUAGCCACGGGUUUCACAGAUGCAUCUCCAUGCAGAAAUGGUUGAAGUUUCCAUAGCUAAUCUGAACUUUUUAAGGGUUUAUAUAGACGGGAAUAUGAUUUUGUAUGUAUGUCCUUGUGUAUAUACGCGUGUCUACUAGUUUUUUGCUUGAAUGUUUACCAUUUCUGUCACUUGCAAUUUAAAUAUUCCUAAUACAUAGAAAAACCCAGACUAAGAUUGUGAUCCUUUAUGCCUAUGGUAUAUUAUGAAUACAGAGACCUUGUGCCUUUACUGGCUUAGGAAUAAUCUUGCCCUAAUAUUAAUGUUAUGAAAUCAAAAGGGUAAGAUUCCUGGCUAACAUCCCACAGAACACAGCAGACAAACUAAAGUUGUAAUCUAGCUUUGGACUUCACAAAUUUUGUGCCCUAGAGCAAGUUACAUCUCGCUUAGUUUUUUUCAUUUUAAAGUGGAAAUAUCUGCAUGGUUGUUCGUACAUGCUAUAUAACACAUCCUAUUCCAGAUCAACCACCAGUUGAGCUCUAAAUGGUAAAUGCCAAAAGUGAGAAGCAGACAGGAAGGGGCGGAGCCCCAGCGGCGCCAGGGGCGACGCGCCGCACCGGACCCAGCAGCGGCAGAGGCAAGCUUGGGUGUGAGCCUGGGGGCCGCUUUGCCCACUGUCCCGCCGGUCGCAGCCGUCGCUAGGGGGUCCGUGGGCCCUGCGGCAACCCUCGGUACAGACGCUGGGCGGGCGGCGACACCUGGCCCAUGGCCCCCCCGGCGGCUCAGCCUUCCUUGGCCGUCAGGGCCUCAAGCCCCGCCGCGGCCCCCACCUCGUACGGCGUCUUCUGCAAGGGGCUCUCCCGCACCCUGCUCGCCUUCUUCGAGCUGGCCUGGCAGCUGCGCAUGAACUUCCCGUACUUCUACGUCGCGGGCUCGGUGAUCCUCAACAUCCGAUUGCAGGUACACAUUUAGAGUCGUGACUAAGCUAACGGCCUCAGGGGCUAGCAUAAUGGCCUACUCCCAGGGUCCCUUGCGGCGCGGCGGAGCAGCGAAUGGCGAGCCCCACAGUCUCGCGUUAGUGCUCAGGCGCUGUUCGCGGCCUGUUUCUUCGCUACAAGCAGAGCUCCUCUGGGGGCCGCCGAGAGCCUACAGUUCCUAGAAAGAAAAUACGCGAUUCCGGAAACAGAACUGCAGUUAAGACCCUCGAAAAGAUCUAAGAAAGUGUGCAUCCUAAAACACCUGACGAAUUUCAGGACGUGACAAAGCGCAGAGGUUGCAUUAUUUCAAAACAAAACAGAAGGCUAAAAUUUUCAGGAAAAAGCAAAUCAGUAAACCGUGAGUACUGGACUGGAUUGUAAGCAAGAUUUGAAUGAGUAAGAGCUGAAGGUAUUAAGAUUGUGAUAUAGAAGGUACAUACUUCUUCAUUCCACAAGAGAAAAUAAUAAUAAUCAGAAACUUUCAGUGAAAAAAAGCAAAACUCUACAGGAAAAGCAUCCUCCAAGUACCAGACAAAAUGCUGCAAGCUUUUGAACUAAUGGCGAGAGUGUGAGAAAAUGGGCUCUAUUGCAAUGCUCCUGUGGCAGGACGUCGUGGAUCGAGGCUUGGAACCGCAGAAAAGGAAAUCCCAUAGUAGCACAAAGCUUGGCUGUUCAGUGAAUAACAUUUAAAUAAUCGUAAAAUACAAAUGUUGUUAUGGUUUUUAUUGUUUAAGUACAUAAUUAUGGUUACGAAGUGGAAUGCAAAUGUUAUUUACCAUAUUUUAAAAAGAGAGCCGGAAAUACAGGUGGGAAUGUUGAAGGAGGGCGGCGGAAAUAAAUGGAAUGGUGGUUCUGUCCUUAUAAAGUCGGAACUUGAAAGGUACUGCCUGUUGUUGAGUGGGGAAAGACUUUUAUUACAGGGUAGCCAUAAAGUUUCUAAAACAGUAAUAUAUUAAAGAGGGAGAGUGGUAGGGGAGAACAGUAUGAAGUCAACAGGAAAUGCCUAAAGAUGGAGCGCUCAGGUAGAAUAUUUCAAAAAAUAAAAAUUGAUAGAAUACCUGGUGUAUUUGAAUACAGCCUAGAGAGCUUUCAUUUUUCCAUAGAGUGGGGAUAAAUUGGUGAUUGCAUAUUUUUCAAAAUUAGAACAUGUAAUUUUGAACCCUGCGAAAAAUAAAAAUUUAAAAACUA